CUCAACUGAUUUAGUUCGAACAAUUUAACAGCCUUACUAGGGUCCUAGUAAAUUGUUUGUUAUUUUUAUACAUCAAUCACAGUCCGUACACUUGAACUGCAGUAGCAUCCAAAAUUUUGUAUACAAUUCGCGUUAAUAGUUUUCCCUUUUUUGGGCACAAACCAACAGUUCGUCAGGACGUCGGUUAUCCAGUCAGAAUCCACAGUUUCAGGUCUGUUUCCGCAAUGGAGCAGUUCUUCGCAUUUCCGGCACUGGCAAUGGGCCCGGGAUAUGUCCAGUUUCCGCAUCAGAUUCCAAUGCCAUGUCCUGCGGAGUAUUCCCUCAAUCCGAAUGCUGUGGAGUUUGUGCCGUCGAAUCGAAGAUCGGAGUUCAGAAGCUCGCAAACCAAAACAGAGGCGACCUCAACAACCACAUUGCCCUGUCCCGAAAUCGUUGGCGAUGCCGUGAAGCAGGUGAAAAAUGGAUUUUGUGAUCAGAGGCAGUUGUUGGAGUACCUCAGUCAGCUGGGCGAUGAACAGAUGCCGCUGGAGGAGAUCGCUGUGGGUCUGCUUCCAGGUGGUCAUGGCCUCAGCAUGACGUUCACCACGAAAAAGGCCGAUCCGAAUAUUCCCAUCUUCCACAAUCGCCAGAGUCUUCAGUUGGCCGUCGGUGAUCAGGAGAAGCUGAAUAGCAGACCGGAGAGCGUCCUGGUGGCCCAGUUCCUCAGUCGGGUGAACGAUCUUCUGAGCGAGAAGUACGAGUACGGCGGCGAUAGCUCCGUCUGUCCCAAGUGCACUCUGUGCUCCAAUCGCAGCUACACGGAGCUGGAGAUCGAGCGCCAGAUCGAGGGCAUCAAGGCCUUCGAGAACUUCUUCACCUUCACGGAAUCCACGCGCUACCAAGACCUGGUUUCCCACAAGGCCUUCAAGGAGUUGUGCACCAAACUGGGACUGAUUGUGAGCCGCGAUCAAAUCCACAUCGACCGAGCUUCCAGCGGAACAUCUACAGAGCCCUGUCCUCCUCCACCCUCCCAGCAAUCGUCCAGUGUCACAGUUUGCAUUCCUCGAUCAGACGAUGCAAUGGAAACCGAUAUGGAGGCCGAGGCCUAUGCUGGAGAUGAUGAAUCGCUGUCGAAUGGAGGCGAAACGACCCCGAGGGCAAGUGCCGAGUCCUCGAAUGCAGCAGACUAUGUCAGGGGAACUCUUUACAGGUACGAGGACUCUGAGGGAACCCAACUGGUGAACCAGCUAAAUGAAACUGAGUCAAAAGCAGACACAAAUAUAGUUGAAAAUUUCGAUUUGGAGGUAUCAAGAUCCACGCCGGCCAAAUCUUCGAUACCCACCAGUAUUCCGAGUGCUUUUCCGAGGGUUUACAAAUCGGCCAAGGCAAAGUGUUCGCUUCGGGUGGCUGGGCCAAGUGGAAUGCAGAGUGUCCCACCGCUCCAUAGGAGCUCGCUUAUGGGUCGGCCAGCGGGACAAUCCGCACUAACCAUGCCCUCAAACAUGCACAGAUUGCGGGACACGGCGGUGGAGGGCCAAUUUCCGAACGGAUCGACUGGAUCGACCGCUCCACGAAAGCUCCAAGGAGAUUCAAGUCUGCCCGCUGCGGCUCGCAAGCAAAGUCGUUUGCCUUCUACGAAAUCGGGAUGUGUUUACCAUCAAGCAGGGAAUGUGUCAGCGCCUUCAGCAGGUCGUGUUGUGAAGUCGGGAAAAGCAGGCUCCGCUGUGCAGAAGCCGCAGUCGAAUCAUAUCUGUAAGGGAAGCAAAAAUAAUGUGGCCAGUAGGAUCGGCAUGGCCAAUUCCCAUGCCACUCCGCAGCGAAUGAUCCCAAGGAGCACCCAUGCUUCAAUGAUGCGCCAAACAGAAGUCAAGCGGCGCAUGAGCCUGAUGCGCGGCGACAGCGAUUCCGAUUUGCUCUACAAUGACUAUCUCUUCAAGUGAUUUGCAGAUGGAUUGCAUGGAUUUGUUGCUUUAUCUUUGAAAUAUACGUGUUUCUCAAUACUCAA